AAAAAUACACAUAACGGUAUGGGUAUGUAUGCAUCUGUGUGUGUUAUGUUCAUAUGAAAAAAGCUUUGUUCAAGUUCAAGUUCAGAGCACAAGCACUGCAGACUAUACAGACUGCACUCCCAGACGUGGUCAUGGGAGCUGCGUGAGAGUCAUUGACAAUAUAAAGAAUGCGGCAAACCAAGCUGCGGCUAGUAGCCAAUACAACAGACAACAAAGCAGACGCAAUCCAGUCCGUAUCCAGAUAAUAUGCUAAUGCUGCAGCCAAUAACAAUGGCCCUAAUCUUGGGCUUGGGCCUGGUGGCGUCAGCGCCAGCGCCAGUGCCCGGCGUACAAGUGGUGUAUACGGGUGAGGAAGGCUGUGCCUGUCCCAAACAGCUGGGCUAUCAGCUUAAUGUGCCCAAUCCGAGCAAACCCAAGAAAUAUGUGGGCGGCGAUUACGGCUAUCGCGUGGAGAAACCCGUGGCGACUAAGGCCAAAAUAACCUACAGCUUUGACCUGACCGUAGAGCAACCACGCACACCAGCACCUCCCAAAUAUAAUCCCGCCAAGCUGUACGCCAAGGUGGAUCGUAUCACCGCUAACAAAGGAGAUUGUGUGGCCAAGCAAACUGGAAGCUGCAGUUGCAGCAGCUGCGCCGCUGGCAAAGAAAGGUAUGUACCAAGUUCCGAGAGCAGUCCCAAUGCCAUUAGGCGUCGUCGCGAUCUAAGCGAUGCCUCGCCGGGCGCUCUCAUACGCAAACGCAUAAUGCGUCAGCAACAGAUGCAAGAACGUCCGCCGCGUUUCAUUAAGCAAUACCACAAAGAUCUGGAGGCACAGCAACAGCAAAAGCUGCGUAUGUUUGGUCUGCUGCCAGCACAACAGUCGCCGCAGCCAAAAGCCAAGCGUAAGACAAAGAAGGCAACAAGUGCACGCUGGCUGGGUGGUCAUCGUCUAGCCAAGCGUGACAUUAAGGGUGAGUACGAUUUGCUGGAGCGUGAACGCGCUAAGACGGAUCUUACAGCGCCGGAGAUAAUUCAAUACAUGCCGGAGACGCUGAAUCCCAACUUUAAGCCUGGACAGUGUCACAUGGGUUGUGGCGCCAUCACAGCCAGUGAGCCACCUGCUGAGACAGAGCGGCCGCAGCAUCAAGAGGAACAACAGCAGGAGCAGCAGCAUCAGCAGCAAGAGGAACAGCAGCAGGAGCAACCAGCGCAGUCCGAUCAUACUGAAGCAGGACAAGCGGAGCUAUUGCCGCCUCCAUCGCUGGUCAACUCAAUACCCAACAAACGCUCUGCCUUAAAUUUCUAUCCAGCACAGAUUCCCGCACCGUUCAUGAGCCCCUACAACGAAUACAAGUUUGUAGAUGAUAUGCAGCUGCGUCGUUUGCUGUCCACCACCUCAGUUCCGGAUCCACUGGAGCAAAGCUCAACGCCGCUGCAAUUUGCUGGCGACUUGGAGGCAGGCAACAAGCGCAGCUAUGCGCAGACACCGGUACUUGGCAUGGCCUCCGGCUAUCCCGUGGAGCAUGUGGCCGACACACAGCUGGACAGCAUUAUCUCGGGCAUAGUCUACCAGCAUCCGGACUAUAUAGACGACAAUGCGCAUUAUAGUGCCGGCAGUCUGGUUGAUCCGGAGCCACAGCAAAAAAAACAAACAACAGACUUUCUGAAGAAGCUCAUCGAUGGCCGACUAGGCGGCUGGGGCUUUGACACCUCCACGGAGCCAGAGUCAGCGUUGCGUGCCGACUAUCUAACAGCGCCGGCAAAGACCUAUGGCUACAAUAGCCAGAACCAAAAUGGCUACAGCGUUGAUACCUACAACAUGCCACCCAUUACGGACUUUUUGCGCGCCUGGUUCUAA